AUGAAAUCUCUUUCAUAGCAAGCAAUACAAGCUAUUUAAAAUCUUAAAAAACUAGCAGAUAAGCCAAUUGUAAAUAGUGAGCCCAAAGCAGACUAGAUAAGUAAUUAAAAAGACAAUUAAUAAAAAUAAAUCUUUAGCCUGCAAGAUAUUAAGUCUCUUGAAAAAAAAGAUAUUUGGCUUGAAGUAAAGGAAAAAGCUGAGAGUUUGGAGAUAGGAGUUGAAUCAAAUUUUAUGCCAAUUAUAAAAAAGACUAUUAAUUUAUUGGAUUUAAUAAUAGAAGCUGGCUUAUAGUCAUUUAAUUCAUAAUAGAUUACUUUUUAUAUAGACGAGAUUUUGUUUACAGUAGUUUAAAAUAUAAUUCGGCAUAAGAAAUACCAAACAGUGGAAAAUUAUCUGAUUGCAGAAUAGAUUAUUAUAAAAACACUAGUGCUAAUUAAUUAGUCAAUUUAGCUCGAUAUUCCAAAGUUGUCAGAAAUAUCUGCUUAUAUAUUUAAUACCUAAAGAAGAUAAACACUUAAAAAUGCAAAGGAAAUAUGA